UCACGAAAUUCCAACACAAACCCUCCUCUCCCCUCACUACUUUAUAUCUCAUCUCUUGUCUUCUCAAUUCCUUUCGAAGAGUACUUUGAUUAGUUUGUUAUCAACUCCCUCGGAAACUCUAGCCUCUUAAAAAACAAUCAAAAUUUUAAAUGAAAGGUGUAGAUUUAAACUUCUAGUCAGGACACAUCUUUAAUAAAUAUUGUCGGUAGAUUUAAAAUUCUGAAUAUUUUUCUCUAUUAUUAUUAUAUUUUUUAAGUAUAUGGUAUUAUUGUUCUAUUUAACCUCCUCCCCACCAACCUAGCUUUACAAUUAUAUAUAUCACUCAUCUCAGUUGCAUUAAACCUAUCCCUUCCUCUACAGUUCCUUGAUUGAAACUUUUAAAAACACCAACUAAACACCUUGAUUUUUGUUUUAUAUUCCUUUUUUCUUUUUUCUUUCUUUUAGCCAUGAGUUUCCAACCAAACACAUCUCUUAAUCUUAGUUUACCCAGUGGUAAUGAUCUCAACUUGGACCUGGCUCUUGAUAGGUCUUCUUCUUCUUCUUCAUCCCCACUUAGCCCAGCCACUCCUCGAGUUUUCUCUUGCAACUAUUGCCAGAGAAGGUUUUACAGUUCACAAGCCCUUGGAGGACACCAAAAUGCUCAUAAGCUUGAAAGAACCCUAGCCAAGAAAAGCAGGGAUCUGAGUUCAGCUGUUCGACCACACACAGGAUGGAAUGAUAGGUCCGGUUCCAGUUCGAGUGCUUCGAGCCACGCUCAACUGUUGCAGCCACCACACAUGGCCGGAUUUGAGCAUCAAGGGCACCAAGCAAGGUUUCCGGGCGAAAUGAACUAUCAUGGUAGGAAAGAGAUGAAUUAUGGUUCUAGAGAAGGUGAAAUUGUUCAAGAGGAGUUUAGUCAACUUGACUUGUCCCUGAGGCUUUGAAUAAUUCUUACCAUUUUAUAUGCUAUUUUCAAUUUUUUUGGGUUAACUUUCAAGUUUCAAUUUAUUGUGAAAAGGUAUUUGAAUUGGAAAAUGAAGAGUAAAAUAAUGGAAUUGAAAAUUUAAGAAGGUAUCAGUAUCGGCGAUACGGGUCAAAUAUUGAUCAAUAUAUUGAUGAAUAAAAGUAUCAGAGGUUCAAAAUACUGAUAUCUAAUGGCUAAUAAUCGAUAUUUAAAAUCAUGGUGACCUUACAAGAAGUGGUCAUUGAUAGUAUGCAUGUAUGUGUUGAUCAUUGAUAAUUUAAUGAGCUAGGUAUCAUUCCCAUUCUUUCCAAACAUAUUUGCAUUCUAGUUGACACAAUGUGAGCAUGAUGAAAAAAUUUAUAAAAAAAAAAACUAGAUACAAGACACAAACAAAAAUCUGGUCAUUGAUAUAACUUCAGAUUCUUAUGGAAGAUAGCAUUUAGCUGGUCAUUGAUA